AUCAACUCCUCCCCCCUCCUCCUCCUCCCUGUUUGUUUCUCAUUGCCCGCCCGCCCUCCUCUUGAUACUUCACAUCCUCCUCAGGUCCAGCAGCCUCACCCUCGCUCUGGGAUCGCACUGUGCAUCCUGCUGCUCCCCCUCCCCCAGCUGCGGACAACACCACCUCGCUCCCUCCCUCCCACCCUCCCAACCUGGAUCGGAGCCAGGGGCCACACGUAAACUGGCCAUUCGGUCUCUCUCUACCCUUCUAUCCCCUUGGCCAAUGGGGAUUUGGUGACAGUGGCGUGCCUGAACUUUGACCUGUGGAUAUGAGAUCAUGGCCCGCGCCUCUCAGUCCAGGCGUGGCCUGGCGGACAACGACAGCCUGAACAGUGCGGUGGAGGAGCUGACCGACACCCUGAGCGUGAGGCUGGACCUCAACGCCGACGACGCGAGCUCCAUCGGCUCCGACUCCGAGAUCAACGGAGCGCCCGCCUACCGCCAGACAGACAAAUACGGCUUCAUCGGCGGCUCGCAGUUCACCGGAGAGAGUGAGGUGAUAUCCACAGAGGUUCUUCGCCAGAGAGAAAUGAAAUGGAUCGAAAUGACCAAGAACUGGGAAAAGUGGGUUACAAAGAAACAUAAAAAGGUGAGAUUACGCUGUCGAAAGGGGAUCCCUGCGUCAGUCCGAGCUCUGGGAUGGCCAACGCUGUGUGAUGCCAACGUCAGAAAACAGGAGAACAGAGGGCUCUAUCAGAGGUUAGUGGGCGCCCCGGCGGACAGGCAGUGGCUGGACGCCAUCGAGAAGGACCUCCACCGACAGUUCCCCUUCCAUGAGAUGUUCGUCUCUCGCGAGGGCAAUGGGCAGAGGGACCUGUGUAACAUCCUGAAGGCCUACACUGUGUACAGACCAGAGGAAGGGUACUGCCAAGCCCAGGGCCCCAUCGCCGCACUCCUGCUCAUGCACAUGCCAGCAGAGGAUGCGUUCUGGUGCUUGGUUCAGAUCUGUGAGCUCUAUGUCCCAGGAUAUUACAGCCAAGGCCUGGAGGCGGUGCAGCUUGAUGGGCAGGUCCUGUUCAGCUUGCUGAGGAAGGUCAGCUUGGUGGCCUACAGGCACCUGAAGAAACACCAGGUCGACCCCCUGAUCUACAUGACCGAGUGGUUCAUGUGCCUGUUCUCUCGGACGCUACCCUGGGCCACAGUGCUGCGGGUGUGGGACAUGUUCCUCUCUGAAGGAGUGAAGAUUAUAUUCCGAGUGGCUCUCGUCCUCCUGAAGGUCAGCCUGGGAUCCUCCGACAAGCUGAAAGACUGUCAGGGGCUGGUGGAGACGCUGGAGAAACUACGGAACAUCCCGCCCAGAUUCCUACAGGAGGAUUUCAUCAUUCAUCAGGUGAGCGAGCUCCCCGUCACGCAGAGGGACAUCGAGCAGGAGUGUUCCCGGCAGCUGAGGAAAUGGAGGAAGAGGAAGGGGGUGGAUGCCGCGGCAUCCCGGCCUCGGACACGCCUGUACGGCGCUCGGGACGUUCACACCCAGAGGGAUAAGGCCCGUCCUGGCACUGACCCCUGGCCCCAGGAGCUGGGGGUCACGGUACCAGGGGUCCCGUCCAUCGUGGUCAGUGCGCCCCAGGAGAGAGGGGGAGCCGAACCGGGCACCCCCAGGACCCUGCCCCCAGAGACCCAGGCACAAAUGGUCAGGGGCAAACCAGCUGGUCGCUCCCGCACUUUCUACGUACAGCGCAGACACCAGCCCCCUCCCGUGCCAGUCAGGGGUGGGGUGCGGAACUCCGACAUGGAGACCCACCCCCUCAAACGCAACUCCGAACCCCUCAUCUCAGACACCUACUUCUGA